ACUCAAGCGAUAGUAGCAAUUGCUCAACACUGGCAACAUUUUGAGCAGUGGUCACAUUGCGCUCUUAUUUACAAUUACUUAACAUCAUGUUGCAAGGUUUGCUGCAAAGAACGUGUGUGUCUGUGUUAAACACAGCACAAACAAUGUUUGUGCGCCAGAAGCACGCCUUUGAUCGUGCAAUUCUUAAGCCGAAAGUGAGGUGCCAUUUCCCCAAACCCCGCGAAGUGAAACGAAUUAAUGUCCACGGUUGGGAAACAAGGAUUUCCACGCCGGAGGGACGUCGAGUGCUGAUGCGACGCAUUCUGAAGGGCAGACACGAUCUCUCCCAUUAGAUUAGGCUAACAACAUAACAUUUUAAUAUAAUAUUAUUGUUAUUAAAAAGAAACUUCAUGUGUUAA